GAGUGGGAUGCGCGGGGGAGUAGGUGACACACGGAGUGAAGAGAUCUCGCGAGGCAGAGAGAGAGAGCGCCAGGCUUGAGCCGAGCGGACACAACCGAUGGACAGAGGUGUCCGCGUUGUGUAGAAUAGAACCAGCGCCGUUCAUCGAGGCACGGUGAUAAAACAACAUCAUCGGCAGCAGCAGCAGCUUCGGUAGCAGCAGCAGCGGCAGCAGCAGCAUUGGGACCAAUUGACGCGCAACAGAAUCGAAUUUGUUUGUUUUUUUAUCCGACAAAAGGGGGCUCGAGACGACAACAAUCGAAGAAGAAGAAGACUCCUCGACUAUUAUUUAUCCAACGUCGAGCGUAAUUACCCUCGCCGCUGUCAUUAGUAUUGCUAUUGAUUUGAUUGCUGCGGUGCUGGUGGCGUCCGUGUAACGAACGCGUUUCGUCGGCCGAUCGCAGCGGCGGUGGCAGCAGCAGCAGCAACAGCGGCUGCAUCAUCAUCGUCAGCAACAGCAGCGGCGGCGGCGGUGGUGGUGGCAGCUGUUUAACUGUCAGAGAGGCAUCGAUCUCCAAUCGCGUUGCGGUCGCAUUGAACAAAGAGACGCAGAGAGGAAGAAGCAGAAGACGAGAGGACGGACACGGGGCUUGCUACGACUCCCUGAGACGAGGGGACAACAGCGGGCAAUUAGACAGAGACAAGGAGGAGGAGGGGAGGGGGAGAACGACAGCGGCGCGGAGACCAGAAGAGGAGUGAAGAGACGGAGAGACGCCGAGGGAACAGAGCGUGAAGGAGGAGGGGAGGAGGAGAGAGAGAGAGCGCGGCGAAUUGAAGAGCGCUUGGCGCAGGCAUGUCGGAGGUGAUGCCCUACGCGGAUGAGAAGCUGGCGCGCUUCCCCGAGGGAUCGGACGUGGGGCAGCUGGCCUUCUCGUGCCGCCUCCAGGGCACAGACAACUUCUACGGCAGCGGGGGAGGAGGAGGAGGAGGUGGUGGAGGAGGAGGCGGCGGCGGUGGCGGAGGAGGUGGAGGUGGAGCCGGUGGGCAAGGAAAGAGACCUCCAAAGUUGGGUCAGAUCGGACGCACGCAGUGCGUGGUCAUCGAGGACGAGCGGAUUGAUGAUGUGCUCAAGGGCCUAUCGGACAAGACACCGCCCAAUUAAAUCGAUCGACCCCAUCGAUCGAUCGACAGAGCGACGAGUCGGCCAAUCAUCAACCCAUCGACCAACAAUCAAUCAAGGGCAGCAGAGUGAGAAGCCCUCGCGUUCGGGCAAAUGCCAUCGAUAACAGUGCACUGCGAAUCAUCAUCGCAUAUGGCACACACACACACACAUGUAUAUGCUGUGUGUGUGUGACAUUGAUAUCAACGGGGGAAUUACAAUAUCAGCGGACCUUUGACACGAUCGGGAAGACGCGUGUAGCAGGCACACGGUGUAGGUGAGCGUGACGCGCGGGUGUACAUGCAUGGCGCGCGUGCGUGCGUGCGCACGUGCGCACACGCGCGCGUGCGCGCGUGCGCGCGUACACACGUGCGCAUACGCGCUCGCGAGCUCUGCGUGCGUUCCCGUGCGCGCCAGCCCGUGCCGCGGGUUACGUCCCCCGACACCGACGGGGGGGAGAUGGAGCAAAUGGACACAACGCCUUAACUGCACUGUCGCCACGGAAACCGACUUGAGGCUACCACUUUCGGCAAGCCAGCAGUGGAGAACGGAGAUGCGGGCCGGGACGGGGAGGGGAGGGGAUGAUGCGGGGAUCGCUGGGAAGGAACUGCGGGCGAUGAUUUCGGCGAAGGGGAAAUUAU